AUGUCUCACGGUUCGGACUUGUUUGUUGUCCUCGACAAGUCGGAAGAGGCGACACAGAGACACCUUCCCAGGAACGCGACAAAUUUAAAAACAUCGGGAAUCCCGAUUGGAACGCGCCUCGUGAUCCGAGUUGCACUGACUCCAAUCUUCCAUUCUCUCACAUCAUCAUCAUCCACCACUCCUCCAACAUCGGCACGGUCGAUCAUCCAGCACAUUCCCCACGUCGAAUUUUCACACCGUGCCAGACAGUCUCGCAACCUCAGUACCGGCCCUCUAUUCAGCAACGCCUGCCCACUGACGGCUCCUGUUUCCACGCCGUUCGAGCAGCACGGUCCCUCACGUAUGUUGAUGGAGAUCAGCAUACCCUUCGCAGACGUCCAGCCUGUACGAUCCUUUUCGCGCAACAUCUGA